CACCCGAGAGUCCUCAAUGCGCUGGGCGACGUUAGACGCAACGGGAGAGGGAGAGAGCGCCCCCUGGGGUCCUCCAGCGCCACCAACGAGAGGUAGCUAGAGCGGCCACACCAAAGAAGCGAGCGGAAGUGAUCCUUGUUGAACUGGAAGCUGAAAGCCACGGGGUUGCUAUGGUUGCUGUCGGGGCCUAAAAAAAUUCGACCCCCUCCCCUCCCCUCCCCCAGCGUGAGCCGCCUCGAGUCCGGACUGGACACCGCAAGAGAAACCGGCAUCUCCGCAUCCGCCCGGCAGCGCCGACCCGUUGCAUCCCUCGUGACGAAACCGCGGACGUUCGGACCCGACUCGACGCAGGUGUGCGGUUUGCCGGCGGGAUGACGCAGGCGGAAAUUAAGCUCUGUUCUCUGCUGCUGCAAGAACAUUUUGGAGAGAUCGUGGAGAAGAUAGGCACGUACCUCGUGCGGACCGGCGGGCAGCCUCUGCGAGCGAUUGUCAGCGACACCGGCACCUCCCUGGACCAGGUGAAGAAAGCCUUGUGCGUCCUCAUCCAGCACAACCUGGGCACCUACCAGAUACAGAAGCGUGGCUUCGUGGAGUACAGCGUCCAGUGCAGCCGAGUGCUGUGCAUCCUGCGCUACCCGCGCUACAUCUACACGGCCAAGACCCUGUACGGCGACACGGGCGAGCUCAUUGUGGAGGAGCUGCUUCUCAAUGGCAAGAUGCCCAUGAGCGCCGUGGUCACGAAGGUGGCUGACAGGCUGACAGAGACCAUGGAGGAUGGGAAAACCAUGGACUACACUGAAGUCUCCAACACCUUUGUCCGCCUGGCAGACACCCACUUUGUGCAGAGGUGCCCAGGGGUCCCCGAUGCUUCUGGGCCAUCAGAUUCGGCAGCACCUCCUGCGCCUACGCUGGUCAUUGACGAGAAGGACAUGUACAGCGUCCCCAGACUGAACCUCAUAGGGAAGGGGAAGAGGAGGCGAUCGUGUGACGAUGAUGAUAACGGCGAACACAAGGCGAAGAAACAGAAGCAGGAUCUCGAGAGCCAAGAGCCCCCACCCGAUGACGGCAUCUACUGGCAAGUCAACCUUGACCGGUUCCACCAGCACUUCCGAGACCAAGCAAUCGUCAGCGCCGUGGCCAACCGCAUGGACCAGACCAGCAGCGAAAUAGUGCGGACGAUGCUAAGGAUGAGCGAAGUCACCACAUCCUCCAACGCAGCCUAUACACAGCCGCUGUCUUCCAACGAGAUCUUCAGAUCGCUUCCAGCGGGAUACAACAUUGGGAAGCAGGUUUUGGAUCAGUAUCUCACACUGCUGGCAGAUGACCCGCUGGAGUUUAUUGGGAAAUCCGGUGACAGCGGCGGGGGCAUGUAUGUCGUCAAUCUUCACAAGGCCCUGGCGAGUCUGGCAACUGCCACAUUGGAAUCCAUAGUUCAGGAGAGAUUUGGUUCGCGCUGUGCCAGGAUCUUCCGGCUUCUGCUGCGGAAGAAGCAUCUGGAGCAGAAGCAGGUGGAAGACUUUGCCAUGAUCCCAGCCAAGGAGGCCAAGGACAUGCUGUACAAGAUGUUGUCAGAGAACUUUGUGUCCCUGCAGGAAAUCCCCAAGACUCCAGAUCAUGCUCCUUCCCGCACCUUCUACCUCUACACAGUGAAUGUCCUGGCCUCCACCCGGAUGCUGCUGCACCGCUGCUACAAGAGUGUGGCCAACCUGAUCGAGAGGCGCCAGUAUGAGACCAGAGAGAACAAGCGCCUGCUGGAGAAGUCCCAGCGGGUGGAGGCUAUCCUGGCCUCCAUGCAGGCCACGGGCGCUGAGGAGGUGCAGCUGCAGGAGAUCGAGGAGAUGAUCACAGCCCCUGAGCGGCAGCAGCUGGAGAGCCUGAAACACACAGUCAACAAGAUUGACGCCAGCGAGAACCAAGUAGACGAGACCAUCUUCCUGUUGGCAUCCUAUGUGGACAGCACCGUAGUUGCGGCUGUGAAGAAGCCUUGAGCCAACUACUGCCCUCCUGCCCCAGCCUCAGCUCCCCCAGCCUCCCAUCAGGCCAGCAGGCUUUUAUGGCUCCAUUUUGCUUGGCCUGGUGUUUGUUCUACGGACAAUAAAACCCCUGCCCCCUG